CUGAGAUGUGUUAUUUCCUUUUUCUUUUUUAAAGAGAUAUUUUUAUAUAAUCAACUCUUUAUACUGAGAAGAAAUGGCAGAUUUUCCUGGGAAGGUCAGCACUCAGACCAGCUCCAAUGAACCUCAGAGAAAUUAUGAAGUCCCAGCAAUGGUAGACAUGGACUUCAUCAAGAGCGUUCCUGGUAUCCUACUUUUUACUGAGAUUAUUGUUGGAUUACUGGUGUGGGCGCUGAUCGCCAGUACCAGCUACACCUCGAUUCCUGCUUAUGGUUGGGUGAUGUUUGUCAGCGUGACGCUGUGGCUUCUGAGCAUUGCCCUGUUUGUUGUGCUGCUGCUGAGGUUUUAUCAGAGUUUACCCUCAGUGCCCUGGCCUUUGGUGCUCAUGGUGUUCUAUGUAGUUGCAGCUGUUCUAUACAUAACUGCCUUUUUGGCUGAUGCAGUUUCCGUUCCACCACAAUGGUAUUUGUGGCAUGGUCAUCUGGGAGCUUCUGCAUUCUUUGCCAUAGUGGUGACUCUGUUAUAUGGAGCUAGCAGCUACUUUGCCUAUUUGGACUGGAGGGGUGAAGGGCAAAACGCAGCGGGGAGUACAGUGCCUGUGUAGACCAUCCUCGGAUUAACCCUCUCAUUCACUAUGUGAGGACACUUCAAAGGGGAUACUGCUCAGAUUAUUUGGCAUUGCUGAAAAUCCUCUUCAGGAACGUCCGAAAUCCCUUCUGUAUAACUGUGCCCAGCAUGAUUGCUUGAUGGUUUAAAACAUGGACAUUGUGUGUAUGCUUAUGUGCAU